AUGCCCGUUCAAUUUUUUGGUGUGUGGUUGAGCCCUAAAUCUGGCAAGCGGGUGCACACUGGCUCUUUCCCAAUUGCGGGGCUGCUUUCCGCACUCAGGUCGCUCCACAAGGUACGUAUACUGCAUGAUGACCCGGCUGCCGGAGAAACUGUGCUGCCGAACUUGGAGAAAGAUGUCCCAGAAUGGGGAAAGCGCUUGGGCCAUGUCUCUGACGUCGGGUCUCUAGGUGCCAUUUACGUUGCCUUACCUUUCGUGGAGGUGGGUGGGCAUCUGCGUCUGUGGCUCGUGAUGUUGAACGAGCUGUAG